CCUCCCCCAUUGUGUGUGAACUCAGCUUCCUGUCUCACCUUCCCCGGCAGAGUUGACCCUCUCCACUGCCACUUGGCUCCAGGCUCCGGGUGCAGCUCCGCAGUCCACAACGCUGUAUCCGGGACGUAAAAGACGAAACUUGUCAUCUAUCUCCAGCAGCUUGAAGGCGCUCCUGCAGCGGAAGUUCAGCCGGUGAGAAGCUUUGACAUACGGGUCUUUGAGCUGCCGCUGGAGCCAGCGCUGCUCAGCGGGACUUUUACUCUUUAACUUCUUCAUUAAACUCGAUGAGGAGUGUAAAAACCGUCUUUGGAAAGACACUGACCACAUUGUUUUGAAUGUACACUCACGUGUACCUCAAAGCUACCGGCGCUUGCGUAGAAACUCAACUCGCCAUUGGUCAGAGACCGCGUAACACCUACAUAUGUCCCCUUUUCCAACAAACCACGUCAACAGUUCCUAUCUGGGGUUGUAAUGUGAUUUCUCUUUUUCAGUGUAGAGAUUUAUGUUAUAUUAUUAUAUAUUGAUUUUUAUGUAGAUGCAACUUUUCAUGCUUCAUGCCUCACACAUACAAGGACUUUUUAAAGUCUUUGUCUCAUAACAAUUUUUGUCAUUUAUUUAUGUAAAUUAAGUUUAUUUAUAUUUUUCUUGGAUCUUUCUUUUAUCAUUAUUAUUAUUAUUAUUAUUAUUAUUAUGUCGUUGACGUCGUUGUUCUGUGCUGUUUUUAUCAUUUGUCGUAUUGUUCUUUAUCAUUAUUUUUCUAAUCGAGAGGGAUUAUGGAAACUUUAAUCUGUCCGUGUAAUAUCUGAGAUCUAUUUGCCAUGAUACAGUAUGUUUUGCAGUUUUCUUAUGAUAGGCUACUUGCUUUCACUUACUAACCCCGUGAAUCACUGCGGCGAGGUAAUGUUACAAGCGAACACGUUUAUAUUGCGUUGACUAGACCUCUGGAGUUUCUAGAGGAGCUUAUUUCAAAGUAACGCGCGUUAGCUGAUAUAAAAAACAUGUGACGACACUGGUGGCAUUAUUUUUGGUUGCUCGGACCAAUCCGUGCUUUUACGGAUCUGCGCUCCAUGUGACUUGCUCCCUUGCGUUUUACGCGGGACUGACUCAGCCGGCUCUCAUGUACAGUAACUUGUAUCUGUCUCUUAACAGUUUUAGGGUUUAUUUGUUGGUUUGAAUCAUUCAAAAAGUAUAAGCUGAACAGGCAGCUACUGUGACACCCAAACAGCAGUCACUACUGGAGGUUAAGGUGUUUGUUUGUUUUUUCUGAUUCAGAAGUACAGACAUAUUCGCUCUCACACAGGUGACAUGUUGAGCCCAAAGCUGCUGACCCUGGUGCUGGUGGUCCAGCCUGGCAAAGUGCUGCUUGGCAUGAAGAAGAGAGGAUUUGGAGCGGGGAAGUGGAACGGGUUCGGAGGUAAAGUCCAACCUGGUGAAAGCAUUGAGGAUGCUGCUAGGAGGUAAAUAUAGCCUUCAGCUCAACUCUGGAGUCACCCAAACCAGUAGACCAGAGUCACUGUAAUUUUCAUUGUCAUGUUUGGCAAAUAAAGACGCACUUUGCAUACAAUUCAAUGAUUUCUGAUAGCAUUAAAAUGUAAAUAUAUGAAUUUAACACACUAUAACAAGGGCAAUAGAGGACAGAAAAAAACCUGACAAAGCAGCUGAAGAUUUGAGCUCAUGCUGUUUUGUGAGCUCCACAAAGUGCAUGGAGUUGAGUGUGGACUUAUUGUUUUGUGACCAUCAAUCAUUGGCAGGAAGUUUGUUCUGAGGCAAAAGGAAGGAAGCUAAGAAGUAAUCAGGCUCCAUACCAAACUGUUUCUUCUGUCUAUAAACUGUUAGGAGACUAACUGUUUCCUCGGCCUAACAAGAGACCUGUUUGACUACAGAAUAGUGAAGAAAAGUGACUUUACUCAUUCAGGUCACUCAAGUUUAUUGUCUAGAUAUCAUCACUUCACUGUAUUUUUUUUGCCUUAAGUGCUUGUGUGAAGUGUACUGUGAGUUUAUUUCUGAUGUACACAAUAUCAAAUAUUAAUGACACUUUUUUUCCCCGUAGAGAACUGCAAGAAGAAAGUGGCCUAACGGUGGAUGAGCUGAGGAAGAUUGGAAAUAUCAAAUUUGAGUUUGUUGGAGAAACACAGCUGCUGGACGUCCAUGUUUUUAGGGCUGAUGAUUAUAAUGGAGAACCGACAGAAUCAGAGGGUAGGUCCUUCAAUUUUCACAACAAGAAUCAAAACCACUCAGUCCAUAUUGUCUUUAUGAAUAUUAUUUUAAAAACAAAGAAUCCACAACGAUCCCUUGAAAGAUAACAGAUUGAAACAGUCUUGUCACAACCUAAACACUUACAGUGUGUUGAAAAAGUAUUAGUCCCCUUUCAGAUUUCUGUUUUUGCUCUUUUUUUUGUUACACUUAUAUGUUUGAGAUCAUCAAACAAAUUUAAAUAUUAGACAAAGAUAACCAGAGUAAAUACAGAAUACAUUUUUUCAAUAACUGUCACAUAGACUUUUGACCCACUCUUCUGUGCAGAAUUGUUCUCAUUCCGCCAUAUUGGAGGGUUUUCCAUCAUGAACGACCUGUUUAAGGUCAUGCCACAGCAUCUUAAUGAGAUUUGAGUCUGGACUUUGACUAGGCCACUCCAAAACCCUCAUUUUGUUUCUUUUAUAACCACUUAGAGGUAUACUUGAUGGUGUGCUUCGGAUCAUUGUGCUGCUGCAUAACCAAAAUGUGCUUGGGCUUAAAGGUUUUAAACUGAUAUCCGGACGUACUCCUUCAGGAUUUUCUGGUAGAGAGGGGAAUUCACAGUUCCAUUAAUUGUGGCAGGUGGUCCAGGUGCUGAAGCAGCAAAGAAGCCCCAGACCAUCAAGAUGAGAUAUGUUAGGCCCCACUCUUAGGCGGCCCUAUGGGGCUAACAACUAUCCUCAACUUUUGACCCUCCAAAUUAACAAAACACCUUCAAAAGUUUAACACGUGAUUUAUUGUGACAAAAUAACAAAAUUGCAAACGAAACACAAAGCACCCACAACACAAGUGAGAGGCAGCAGGGCAACAGUUCCCCACCAAAUGCCUCUCCAGACUGCAGGCAGCUCUGGGCUUUUAGACUCCCAGCACCAGGUGAGUCUGAUUGGCACUCAAGUGAUUUCACCUGGGCAGCUAUGGAGAGACAAAAGGGGAAAAACACAUGCAAAAUAAACACACAUCCGUAACAGAUAAGAUAAGAUAAGACAUUCCUUUAAUAGUCCCAUGAAAGGAAAUUCCAGAUUCCAUCACACCACCACCACCACCACCAAGUUUGACUUUCUGUAUGAUGUUCAUUUUCUGAAAUGCUGUGUUAACUUUACUCAAAAUGUGGUGGGAUUUUCCACACACUUCAAAAAGUUCCACUUUUGUCUCGUCAGUCGACAGAGUAUUUUCUCAAAAGUCUCGGGUCAUCAUCAAGAUGUUUUUUUGGCAGAUGUGAGACAGAAAUUUGUGUUCUUUUGGCUCUGCAGUGGUUUUGGCUUUGAGGUUCUCCCAUGGAUACUAUUUUUUACCCAGUCUCUUACUGUUGAGUUAUGAACUCUGACCUUAACUGAGUCGGGUUAGACCUGCAGUGCUUUAGAUGUUGUUCUGGGUUCUCCUUGAUGAGUUCUCGAUGGAUAAUAGCUCUCACUGUGGUUCUCUGGUGUCCCAAAGCCUUAGACAUGGCUGUGUUUGUUGACUGAUAGAUGUUGAUAACUUUGUUUCUCAUGGCGUAGUUUCUUUUUUUGUUGUUGUUGAGAUCUUUGAACCACUUUGUGUUUUCAGACGGCUUCUAUUGAAGUGAUUUCUUGAUCCUACAGGUUUAGGAGUAACCAGGCCUAGGUGUGGCAAAUGUGGUUAAUCACAGUCAAUUCAUGAUUCAACAAGGUGGGGCAAUUUCUUUUUAACAUAGGGCCAGUUUACACUCACCGGCCACUUUAUUAGGUACACCAUGCUAGUAACGGGUUGGACCCCCUUUUGCCUUCAGAACUGCCUCAAUUCUUCGUGGCAUAGAUUCAACAAGGUGCUGGAAGCAUUCCUCAGAGAGCUUGGUCCAUAUUGACAUGAUGGCAUCACACAGUUGCCGCAGAUUUGUCGGCUGCACAUCCAUGAUGCGAAUCUCCCGUUCCACCACAUCCCAAAGAUGCUCUAUUGGAUUGAGAUCUGGUGACUGUGGAGGCCAUUUGAGUACAGUAAACUCAUUGUCAUGUUCAAGAAACCAGUCUGAGAUGAUUCCAGCUUUAUGACAUGGCGCAUUAUCCUGCUGAAAGUAGCCAUCAGAAGUUGGGUACAUUGUGGUCAUAAAGGGAUGGACAUGGUCAGCAACAAUACUCAGGUAGGCUGUGGCGUUGCAACGAUACUCAAUUGGUACCAAGGGGCCCAAAGAGUGCCAAGAAAAUAUUCCCCACACCAUGACACCACCACCACCAGCCUGAACCGUUGAUACAAGGCAGGAUGGAUCCAUGCUUUCAUGUUGUUGACGCCAAAUUCUGACCCUACCAUCCGAAUGUCGCAGCAGAAAUCGAGACUCAUCAGACCAGGCAACGUUUUUCCAAUCUUCUAUUGUCCAAUUUCGAUGAGCUUGUGCAAAUUGUAGCCUCAGUUUCCUGUUCUUAGCUGAAAAGAGUGGCACCCAGCGUGGUCUUCUGCUGCUGUAGCCCAUCUGCCUCAAAGUUUGACGUACUGUGUGUUCAGAGAUGCUCUUCUGCCUACCUUGGUUGUAAUGGGUGGUUAUUUGAGUCACUGUUGCCUUUCUAUCAGCUCGAACCAGUCUGGCCAUUCUCCUCUGACCUCUGGCAUCAACAAGGCAUUUCCGCCCACAGAACUGCCGCUCACUGGAUAUUUUUUCUUUUUCGGACCAUUCUCUGUAAACCCUAGAGAUGGUUGUGCGUGAAAAUCCCAGUAGAUCAGCAGUUUCUCAAAUACUCAGACCAGCCCUUCUGGCACCAACAACCAUGCCACGUUCAAAGUCACUCAAAUCACCUUUCUUCCCCAUACUGAUGCUCGGUUUGAACUGCAGGAGAUUGUCUUGACCAUGUCUACAUGCCUAAAUGCACUAAGUUGCCGCCAUGUGAUUGGCUGAUUAGAAAUUAAGUGUUAACGAGCAGUUGGACAGGUGUACCUAAUAAAGUGGCCGGUGAGUGUAGUUUGGAUAGCUUUUCCCCUUAAUAAAUGAAAUCAUCAUUUACAAACUGCAUUCUGUGUUUACUCUGGUUAUCUGACUGACAUUCAAAUUUGAUUGAUGAUCUGAAAUAUGUAAGUGUGACAAAAAAGCAGAAAGCAGAAGAAAGCUGUAAAGGCAGGACAAAUGAGAGUAUUUCAAAUGGGAACAAACUGGUGAAAAUCUGCAAAUCUCUUCUAAUAAAAAAUGUUGAUAAGAUUUCAGGCAAAAGUGCAAAAAGGAAACAACAACAAGAAACCAGCUGCAGUGAUCCGUGUUUCCUGUGAGUUGAGUGAAGUGUAACAGGGUGAAGCUUGAGGACACAGCAAAGCGAAAGAGGAGUUAGAAAUCAGUAUGCACUGGAAUCUGAAGGGCAAGACAAGUCAGACAGAGAUUUAAAAGAAGAAAAGAGACUUGAAUGAAAUGAAUUAAAUGAGUGAAAAAAGAGGGAGUGCAGAGCUCUUUACAUGGUUUGACAAGAUAAAGAGCAACAGCUGAAAAUAAGAGACUACUAUGAAUUUACAGUGUAAGAUUUCUGAAGCAUUUGAACCUUUUCCCACUGUCUUUGUUUGUAUAACAGAAACAUAAGUCGCCCUCUAACAUUACUUGAAUAGUUUUAGCAGCUUUACUAAGACCUCAGGGGCGCUUGUUAGGAUCAGUCCUUCAUAAAAGAAAACGGAACAAACCCAAGGACUUAGUCCUGUGCUCUCUGAAAUCUUCAGUUUCAGGCAAAGUUUAAAUGAGGCUCCCUCAGUGCUCAUAUUUCAAUACACAUUUUUCAGCAUCCUUUACUUUCAUUUCUUUUCCUUUAGCAGAGCUCAGCUGGGACACAUAAAAAGAUGUUCAUAUUAAAUUAUUCUGUUGGACAACUACAUGAUUUAGUAUUUUUUAUUACUGUUCAACUUUUUAAAAAAAGCCUUGAAGAGAUAAAACUCUUGUUGUACCCGAAUUAAACACACUCUCAGUCAUCAUCAGCGUCACAUCCCUUCAUCGACCAAUCAAGAUUAAGAAGAGGCAGGACCUCUGACACCUUCCUUUUUCUCUUAGCCAGAGGUGCCAAACUCAAUCACAAAGCCAAUAUUUAAUACCGUCUAAGCUGCAGGCCAAACAGAAUUAACAUUUAUUGAAUCGUCUGCAACUGACUGUGUUAGAUCACAAAAACAAAUUUGAAGAACCAGACCCCCCUCAACAGUCACAGCAGGACAAAUGAGAGUAUUUCAAAUGGGAACAAACUGGUGAAAAUCUGCAAAUCCUUCUAAUAAAAAAUGUUGAUAAGAUUUCAGGCAAAAGUGCAAAAACAAACAACAACAACAAAAUUCACAGCUAUUUUAGUUCUGUCUCUUUUUUCAUCUCUCUGAGAAGAUACUUGGCAUCUUUUAUUGGCUGCAAGUUCAUUAAAGUUUGAGGCUCUAACUUUGGAAGCUCUCAGGAUGGAGUGGAGGUGUGCAUCAAUGAGAUGAUUUCUGCGUUUGGUUUAUGUUUGUUUCCCUCACAGAAAAAAGUCACUUACAUACAGUAGGUCUGUACAACCAAACAUGCAGUGCAUUCGAGCAGCCUGUAGGCGGAGUGGGGGCUUCAUGUCAGGGAUGAGGUGGGGGAACUGUGCGGGCCCUACAGAGUCAUACUGUACCUCGAGUUACACUGGAGUUCUGUCUGCUCCAUCAGUAUGUUUACAGGACCUUUCUCCACAUCAGCUGCAAAUGGAUUUCUUAGCAGUUUAAAAUUAAAUUUCUGUGCUUCAAAGUUGGCAAAGCGCCGUGUGAAUUCAGUGCUAAGUGUCCUCAGUUUAGCAAAAUGAGCAGCUGGAAACAGUGAUGGAGACCUGGUUUGGUUUUCUUCGGAAACAUGGAAAAUGACUCAAGUUCCCUUACUGCAUCUCCCACAGGUGCAGCUUGACCUGAAAAGCUCUCACUACCUCAAACAUGUCUAGAAUCAACAUUUUGCCUCGCAGUGCCACCUUAUGUUAUUCUGAAAGUCCCUGUUUCAGGGACUACUUUGCGAUUGGCCUUUUAUUUGGAGGGAUAACUUAGAUGUCACUGUAACAGUGCUGGACAACUUUCCGUGUCGUUACAGCAGCAGGAGGAGAGGUUGAUGCACAGAUCUUGACCUGUUUGACAGCUGUUGCAGUGCAUUGUGGGACUUGUUGUAUGAGUGGUAGGAGUGCUUUUUAUGAGCUGAGCAAUAAGAAAUUAUCUCAUGGACUAUAUAUGAUUAUAUCCCGGGCUGGACCUGGCCCACAGGCUCAGGUUUUGGCGUGCCUGAUUUAAACAAACAGCUACCAAGGAAAGAAAGUGCUGCAUGCAAUAUGAUUUAAUUUAAUACAAGCCCCAAAUUAACAAAAGAGGUGAUGACCUCAUUGAUUCUUGAUUCCCCUAUGAUCAUCUCUAAAUUGAAUAUAAACCAUAAACAUCUGCUGAUUAUUUUCUUGUGUGUUUUUCAGAAAUGCGGCCUCAGUGGUUCAAAUGCGACAAAAUCCCGUUCAGUGAGAUGUGGGCCGAUGACAUCCUGUGGUUCCCGCUGCUGCUCCAGAACAAGAAAUUUGUCGGUUACUUUAAGUUUCAGGGUCACGAUGUGAUCCUGAGCCACACACUGGAAGAAGUGGACGAACUCUGAGCUGGUAUCUGAGAAACGGAGUGCCGGCUGUUCUUGACAAGUGGGACCAAAAACAGGAAUUUAAGCCUGUAAGGAUUUGUUCUUUGAAGGUAUCCCAGUGUUCAGAGUCUGUUGUCAGAGGAAACAGACUCAUAGUAGUAGUGUGUGGGAUAAAGUGGCCACUGUAAUAAAGUUUCAGACUGCCUCCAUAUUUGUAUCAAUGAGGCAUAGAUUUGCUGUACAUGGUAUGGCUGAUCUAGUGUAAACCUUUCUUUGAAGUUAUGGCAGGCUUGUUCUAGCAUCCUUAAAGGUUAUGACAAUCCAACCGUCCCAUUUAAAUGUAUUUUCUAUUGAGUGAACACCAACUUAUAACACUGAAUAGACACAAUUUGAUCCCACACACUAGACCUGAAAAACAACCAUGUUAGCUUUGUGGUGGCAAAAUCAAAAGGUAAUAUUUCUGUUACAUUUAAUGACUUUAAAAAUGUUGUUUUCUAAACACAGUUCACAAAUAUGAAAAAAAAAAAAAUCAAAGCAGUGAUAUCAGAAAAAAAUAUCCAUAAUGUGAUUUUAUUUUUUAGAAUAACUGAAUCAUCACAACUCAAGAUUUUAUUUACAGUAUCUACAGAAAUACACUUAUUGGGUCUCCUUUCCUGUGCAAGUCUACAUCAUUAUCACUGUAUGCUGAGAUUGAGUUUCUUUCUUCAUAAAAUAAAUGUUCAACUUUCUGUAGAAAAAAAGAAAAAAAAAAGUCUGUGUUCUUGCAUCAUUCAGCACGGUCAGUUUGGUGUGUUUGGGAUGAGAUCAGAAGUGACGAGUUUUUAAAGCAUGAGCCUUUAAACGGCAAAUUGUCCCUUUCAGGUUUUUAAAGUAAAGAGGCAAUGUAUGAUAAUAAAAUGUGCACAGACACUAGUUUGUAGUAAAACAAAUCAAUUUUUUUUUGUUGAAUUUGAUCGAUUGAAAAUUCUAAAAUCUUGAAGAGAAAAGUAGUGAUUAUUCAAUUUCAGCUCAGUUGAAACCCUGUCCUAUUUCUUUGUUGGGUUUUAAGGUGAAUUUCUAUAUUUUGUCUUUGGCAGUAAAUAAUUAGCUUAUAGUGUUGACAUAAAACAGCUGAUUCUAGAGGCUGUCGUUUGAAAAAACCUCAAAUAUCUGCCCUUUGUAGUAUUUUCCACUUUGAUACAGGCUUUUAUAAAAUAGCUUAUAAGAUAAAAACCAGAACCAGAAGUCUGAAGUCUGAAGCAGAAGAAGCAAAUACUGUAUGUUGCCCUGCAUUAAAGGUACACUGUAUAAAGUGAGAGGAAAAGUGUCCAUAAAAAAAAUGUAAAACGUGCUGCUUCACAUCCUCAUUAACUAACAUCCGUAUCAAAAAUACAUCGAUGUAAAAUUAUUCAGUAAGAAAAACCAGAAACUUUUAGGAAUGGAGAUUUAAAAUAAUCUUAUUCUAUACACAAAACAACUUCCAAUCCCUCACUAUUUUUAUCAAUGAUCUAUGAGAACUAUAAAAAGUUAAAGUUAGAAACAGGUGUUGAUGAGCUGGAAUACAAGAAUAUACUUUCAUCCUUCCACACCGACAUGCCGGCUGGUCCCUUGUAAGAUAACAUACAGGAUGAAUAGCAUACAUCCUUGAUUUGAGAAUGGACAUUAUUUCCUGAUCUGACUGAGCACGUAAUGUUAGAUUUAUGAGUCCAUUAUUUUAUCCAGGCACAUAGUUGAUGAUUGCAAUCUGAAACAAUUCAAGAAAAUAAGACUCAUUUUUACA